AGUUCUUUUUGAUCAGGUCCCUUCCCCCUGUACCCCCUCCGAUCUAGUAAACGGUUCGAGUGGUCUCUGCUGUCCAGAUACCUACAUCCAAAUCCCAAAAUUCAGACCGUAUGUGGAAUGCGCACAUGUUUUUCAGCAAUUGCAUCUACGGGCUUGCCUGGACUGAAUGCGGGAGUUUUCAGGUGACAAUUUGUACGCCAGGGCUAGGAACCCUAAUCUCGGACAUCCACGUCUUAGUUUUUCGACCAGAAGGAGAUAACUACCAAGCAGUUGCGGAGGCAUAUUUCGCCGGUGCAAUUUCUAGCCUAGUAGCUGGAGUCUGGAGACACUGGAUGAGGGCGAGAUGAAACAACCGAUUUGAGUGAAUCCGUGUGAUAC